ACUCUCAAACUACUGUUUUUAAAUGGUUACUAUUACUUGAAAAAAAAUCGAAAUCAAUUAGAAAUACGAUUAACUCCAUUUGAAGAAGAGUGUGAAUUGACUGAGCAAAUCCAACCAAUCCUUCAGUGUGUGUGUGGCGUAUUCGCUGAAGCUCUGUAGAGGAGAAUAGAGGAACAUCUGUAAAGACAGGCAUAGUGGGCAGUGUGUGACAGUCACUGCCACAUACUGACUGAUGAAAGAGAGUGUGUGUGGGACAUAGUUAAUGUCAGCGGGUGGUGGUUUGAUAGAGUCAUCUUGUCUUGAAAGAUGUGAUUUGAACAAUCACCAAUUGCUGGCUCCUCCCCCCUCCCCCUCCUUUGGCUCAGCCAGCUGUGUUGUCUCAGUGGAUGCACAGCACAUCAACUCUCUGUCAGUGUCAGCUCUCCCUGGGGUCCUUUACCAAGUCUCAUAUGUCUUUGUUUUUUGGGGGAUACUCUACCAUUUUUGUUUACCACAGAUUUUGCAUUAGCUCCUAAUAGAUAUCUGUAAGGUGGACCAGCACUCUAAUACACCAGAAAACAACACCUGAGCAGAGUUUGAUUUAAAGGAUUCACAGAAGAGUCAUCACCAUAAUUUGGAAGUACUCAACUUUACAAAAGUCAGAGAAAACUUUUUGGAGGAGCUACAGCCAAUUUUCAAAAUGAGUGAAGACUAUUUCCUUUGAUGUCUGAAGGAUACUUCUGCCUCAUUACUGAACAAUGGGGAAGUCCGGAAUAAAGAUGUGUACUUUUACUUUGAAACCUUCACUAUGAAUCAUGGAGGAAAACAGUUCAUUUCUGUACCCUGAGUACAAUGUCAGCACCACUGUUUGGGCACCAAUGCCCUCAGCUCCCAGCAGACAACUGGGCACCCUUCCCAGCCCGCAGACACACUUCAAGGACCUGACAGGGAUAUUUUUCAUGGUGACCCUGAAUGUUCUGGCACUUCUAUCCAACACUGCUGUUCUGGUCGUUAUCAUAAAAGCUCCUCAUCUCAGGAAAUUUGCCUUUGUGUGCCACCUGUGUGGAGUGGACCUGCUGUGUGCCAUCUUGCUCAUGCCUCUUGGUAUUGUGUCCAACUCUCCAUACUUUGCUGGUGUGGUGUUCACUAUACUGGAGUGUCAAGUUUACAUCUUCCUCAAUGUAAUCCUCAUAGCUGCCUCUAUCUUCACCAUCACAGCCAUCAGUGUGGAACGUUACUACUAUAUCGUCCACCCCAUGCGCUAUGAGGUCAAGAUGACCCUGAGGCUGACUUCAGCCGUGAUAGUGAUGGUGUGGGUAGCCUCUGCAGUGCUUGCGUUGUCUACUGUGUUUGGGUGGCCGUCUUACAGCAGCUUGAGCUCCAUCAGUGCUGCACACUGCUCACUGCACUGGAGCCACAGUGACCACAGACGAGUCUUCUCUGUGUUCUUUAGUGUCACCUGUUUCUGCCUGCCUGCUGUUGUGAUUUUUGCUGUCUACUGUAAUGUGUACAAAGUGGCCCGUGUGGCUGCCCGCCAGCAUGGACCUCUGCCCUUGUGGACAAACAGUCAAGUGAAGCAUCGCUCUGACUCAAUAAACAGCCAGACUACCAUUAUCACAACCCGCAACACCCCACGUAGGAUUAUGCGUGACCGGCCUUUUGGUGGAGGUAAAGCCGCUCUCACUCUGGUGGUUAUUGUUGGCCAGUUUCUGAUCUGCUGGCUGCCUUACUUUGCCUUUCACCUCCAUCUGACGUUAGAUGCAACUCCCAAGAUUCCCGAUGACCUGAAGGAAACAGUUACUUGGCUGGCAUAUUCCUCCUUUGCUAUUAACCCAUUUUUUUAUGGGCUUCUUAACCGGCAGAUCCGGGAGGAACUUUGUAAGCUGAGGCGCUGCUACUCAGCACGGCCAGUGGAGCUGCCCGUCUCCAGCCAUGAGGGCUCAGGCCAUGAGAAUUUUCUGCAGUUCCUCCAUAGGACCAGCUGCACAGUAGAGACACGUGCAAGUUUUACCACAUCCAGUAUGAGAAGCACUCUGGAUCAAACUGGGCAGACUGGUUUCAGGAUACCGGGACAGAUCCCUGAAGAGUUCAGUUAGAUACAUAUACCUCACUGUUGUGUCGUAGCAUUGGUAGCCUGCUAGACUAUUACAGUUACAAGAUAAUGAGUGAUCCAGAGUACUUAAUGACUGCAAUAUGUCUGUAAACUGUAUUUGCAAACGGUGAAAGCUAACAUACAGUAUCAGGAAAUUGUUUAUGAAACUUGACAUAGCCUACUCUUAUCCUUUUAUCUAAAGAUUAUACCUAGAAACAAUACUGGAAUAGAAAGCUAAUAGACAUUGUUUCUUGAAUUAUUGUUUCUGUAUUUGUGGUCAAACUAGUAGCCAUAAAGUUAAUAAUCUCAUAAGGAACCCUUUGUUUUAACUACUUAAGCAAAGCUACUUUAUUUUUGUAUUAAAAAGUAAUGAGCACAAAUAUCGGAUUAUACUUGAAGUCAUAACAACAUAAUCAGUAUACAGAUCUUCAGGUAAAUACUAUAUCAGAAGUAAGGGAUUUAUAAUAAGGAUGAGAGUGGGCAGUCAUUAAUUUUUCACAAGUUUAAAAUGAGGCUUCAAUAUAGCAGCGGUAUUGUUUUGUAUAGGUAAUUCAGUGUUGUUGUGUUGUAUUUAUGUUGCAGGAAUUUUUGUGAACUUUAUUUAUUGUACUCAAAAAAGAGACCCAUUACUUUUCUUCAAAAAUGUAU